AUGGAAAAUCCUACCAGUGGCGUAGCUAGUGUUGAAGCGCAGCUGCAUCUUAUAACAACUCAGCUAGCGCAGCUUUCGAAUGGUAUAAAUGACAUUCGCUCCAUUCUACUUCUUCAAAAUGAGAAACUCGAAUCCUGUAUUGUGAAGGUGAAUACACUGGAAUCGGAACAAUCUUCUAUCCAAUCUAAGCUAUCAGAAAUAGAUAAAAAAGUCAACUCGUUGGAUUCGGCGGAACUAUUCGGUGAGCUGAGGAUGAGACUUGAAAGAGAAAAGAAUAUCAUCAUGUAUGGGAUUGAAGAAACAGUCGAUACCAAUGAAGCAGUUACAGCAAUAAUUAAUAAAACUGUAUCUCCCGCCUUGCUGAAAAUCAAUAGAAUAACCCGUUUGGGCCAACCAACCAGAGACAAGGUGCGGCCUGUGAAGGUUGAAUUCUACAACAGCGAUGAUGCAUUAAAAGUACUUAGGAAAAAGUCUAAAUCACCAUUGAACGAAUAUACACACCUGAAAGUAAAAAAUGAUUACACGCCUAGACAGAGAAACGAGAUUAGUUUGGCGUAUAAGGAGCUUGAGCAGAGAAAAAACUCAGGAGAAAAGAUAGUACUUAAAUUCAUGAAUGGCCAACCUCAAGUCGUUUCAGCAUCUACCAAAAGGCCCCGUUCUGCAGAAUCCUCUCCCAUCCAAAAUAUACAGAAGAUAAACAAAAUGGAUACUGUGCAUUCAAAAAACUGCAAGUAG